GCCUGGAGCAAAGCUCCCUCCUGACAAGGCCCCAGCCACACGGCCGAGCUGGCGCUCAGAGUCCAGCCGGAGCGCCCCUCUCCCGCUACGCACUUUGCGUAGCCCUUCCGCUCCCCCGCGCUGGCUACGUCAGGCAGCCGCCGCAUUCACCGUUUGGCAAUAGCUCCCCCUACGCGAUCUGCGUAAACCGGGCCCUCUCGGCGUCCCUGAGCCUCGGGCUGGGAUUGAGCACCGAGCCGGCCUGAGGAGACGGGAGAGCGGGGAGGCGACGGCAGCUGAGCACGGUGCCUUCCCUGGCGGUGUGCGGGCGGAGACGCACGGUGAGAAUGGCCGAGGAACGGAAGUGGAGCAGGUGGGCUUGGAGCCGACUCCGGAUGGCUGAACAGACGGAUGCAAAGGAGCCAUGCGAGCUUGUGGGUAAACAGCUGGGCGAACCAGGAAGGUUUGCAUACGCAGCUCUCUGUGGGAUAUCUCUGGCUUGCUUGUUUCCUGAAAAGGAGCAAAGCGCCUUUAAGAUGGAGUUCAUGGAAGGCUUGGUGAAAUGGCUUGAGUUGUCAGACGCCGUCUUGCCUGCCAUGACUGCGUUCACCGGCGGCUUGGGUGGCGAGGGCACAGAAACCUUUGCUCAGAUUUUACUGAAGGAUCCUGUCUUGGCAAAUAAUCCAAUCGUCAUUACACAAAAUUCCUUCCUGGUAGGCAAGAGAGAGGCAUGUCGACUGAAUCAGUGCUGUAUGCUGAGUCUGCACACAACCUUAAACACUGAUCUUGUGUCCUUCUCUCUUAAGGAUGGCUAUUACGAUGCCCGAGCGAGGGUGCUGAUCUGCCACGUCACUUGGCUGCUGAGAAUCCCUUUAGAGGAGCUGGAAGUCCUGGAGGAGUCUCUACUUGAGAGCCUGAAUGAGCAGAAGGAGGAAGAGUCAGAAACUGCAGAAGCAUCAAGAAGAAAGAAAGAAAGGAAACGGAAAUUGAGGAGAUACUUGAUGAUUGGCUUGGCAACAGUAGGGGGCGGAACCGUCAUCGGUUUGACGGGGGGUCUUGCUGCCCCUCUCGUUGCUGCUGGAGCUGCAACCAUCAUUGGAAGUGCUGGGGCAGCAGCUUUAGGGUCAACAGCGGGAAUCGCUGUCAUGGCAUCGCUCUUUGGAGCAGCGGGAGCUGGCCUUACCGGCUACAAGAUGAAGAAACGAGUGGGAGCCAUCGAAGAGUUCGAAUUCCUCCCUUUAACUGAAGGGAAACAACUUCAUAUCACCAUAGCCAUCACUGGCUGGUUGUGUACUGGCAAAUACGGCAGUUUCACAGCUCCAUGGAGCAGCAUGGUGCAGUCCAGUGAGCAGUACUGUCUGGCCUGGGAAUCCAAGUACCUGAUGGAGUUGGGCAACGCUCUGGAUUCACUGCUAAAUGGUUUUGUGAACAUGAUGGCUCAGGAAGCCCUGAAGUUCACUGUAUUAUCAGGCAUAGUGACAGCCCUGACAUGGCCGGCUUCACUUCUUACUGUUGCCAGUGUCAUUGACAACCCUUGGGGAGUGUGCCUGAAUCGAUCAGCUGAAGUGGGCAAACAUCUGGCACAGAUAUUGCUCAGUCGACAGCAGGGCAAACGACCUGUCACUUUGAUUGGCUUCAGUCUGGGCGCAAGGGUCAUUUACUUCUGCCUGAAGGAGAUGGCUCAAGAAAAAGACUGUGAGGGGAUCAUCGAGGAUGUGGUCCUGCUGGGAGCUCCAGUGGAAGGAGAUGCCAAGUACUGGAAAGCUUUCACGAAGGUGGUGUCGGGCAGGAUCAUAAAUGGCUAUUGCAGGGGAGACUGGCUGCUGAGUUUUGUCUACCGGACCUCCUCUGCUCAGCUCAACGUUGCAGGCCUUCAGCCAGUCAGCCUGGAUGACAGGAGGAUGGUUAAUAUGGAUCUUUCAUCUGUAGUGAAUGGCCACCUGGACUACAUGAAGCAAAUGGACACUAUCCUGAAGGCUGUGGGCAUUAAAACCAAGGAGUGUCGUCUGGAGGAGAAGGGGAAUCCCAGCCUUUUCUCCAACCAGGGUGAGAAAGAUCAGCCGACAGCCGGCAGUGAGAGUCAGGAAGAGGAAAGCACCUUGGGAGAUGAUAAUUCCAUCAGCCAUGAUCACUGGUCCUGGCAGCCUGUACCCAGCGAAGGACUGCAGCCUAGUGACAGGAACUCGGAUCUUGCACACCCUGAGGUUUCUGAAUUUCCAGGUUCUUUGGAUGCCAGCAGAGACCAGAACCCAGCCAGACUGGAAGAACCUUUACCAGCCAACCCUCUGCCCUGCCCUGAUUCUGCUGCUCAUGUCCUGGAAGGAACCUUCCUUCCCUGCCCGGGCUGUUCAGACACUAACGACCUCAAAAAGCCGGCAGUACACCAAGGUCUGGACUGAAUUCCUGCCUCAGAAUGAAUUACUGUCUCUUCCCAUCAUGGCCACAGCACACGAUCUGUCCAGCACUCCAGUGCAGAAGGGCAUCUACCAGACCUCUCCCCUCAAAACAGCACUGGUGCCAUUGGCCAGUGCUAGGGGCAGUGACUACAGAACAUUCAUCCCAGGGGAAUCCCAGGACUUGUGGAGCUAUAGGACCCUCCAGAAAAUGGAUGUGACAAACCAGUCGUUAGCAAAGGUAAUAACGUCCAUAGCUGCUGUGCUAUUGCAUUACUGAGGCACUAGACCCAUCGAAUAACCCAGAGUUGUCUGUCUUGACAGGAAACAAAUCAGGGAUCCUUUUGAGUGUGUUAUGAUGGGAGGAUGGUCUGCUAGGAUUAAAACCUCUCUCACAUGACUCUACAACCCGGCGAGCUGCCCAGCGGACGGGGGUGGGAUGCCAUGGUCACUGCUCCCCCCUGUUUUCCCAUCACUUCAUGCUACAUAAUGGGAAACGCCAGCAGCUAGUGCUUAGAGCUGGUGUGGAAAGGCCCAACUGCCGCCAUUGCAGGCACAUGGUCAGCCGGGCUGCUUUGAUCUAACAGGGGAGCAGCAAUCUGCUUUCCAGAGGGGAAUAUUGAUUGCUGUGACAGGCAGGGCUGAAAUCUCACAGCCGUUCCUGCAGCCUCUCGGGUUGGUUCUGUUUCUUCCCUUGCUACCCAUGUAAAAUUCAUGACUCAGUGGGAGUUUGACAUGAGACAUCGGGCUCUCUCCCUUGUCCCUCUAGCUUCUUCUGCCCUAGGAGUGGCUCUGGCUGGCUGGUGGGACUGUUGUGUCAGUGGUGAGCCCCCCACUCCUCCUCUCCCCUUAGUGCUUUUGUGCACAAACUGGCACAGAGACUGACAUACCAAUGUCCUGGCCAUGGCACGGAUGCUUUGACAAGGUGCUGUCCCUACACUGGAGCCCUGCACGUGGAACAGAACCCCAAAGAGAACACUUCAGCUGCUGCGUUCAAGACCACAUGGAAACUGGCAUACAGCGUAGGAGCGUUAGUGGAUCAAAACCUUCCGAGCUACUGCCGAUGGGUUCUCCCAUGUGCAGAGGAAAGGACGCCGGGGCAGAUGCUUAGCUGCUGUAAAUCAGCAUAGUGCCCCUCAGUUCAGUGAUGGAUAUACACCAGCUGAGGCACUGGCCUUUAUUCACUGGGGAACAACUGUCACCUUUAUAAGAAAAUGCUGCUGUAACUUGUGAGCCUUAGGGAACCAGGUGACUUGAUGGGCAUUGAAAGAGUAUCCUGGAGACCAGGAACCCCCUGUUUGGUGUUCUCACUAGGAAAUUAAAAGGUUUAAUUUGUUUUGCA